GGGUCGAGCCGAGAGAGUCAGGCCUCGGUCUUCAGGCUUGGCGAUGGCCGCCAGCGCCCCGGCUGCGGAGAGCGGCUCCUCCCGUCGCUGUCUCGCGACCCAGUAUUUUAACGAGGAGGAGAAUAACGCGAUCGAGAGCUUGACUACGAGCGAGCGGGUCGUGGAUCUGUUGAAUCAAGCAGCACUGAUUGUCACUGACAACAAGAUCAGUGUUCUCAAACAGGUUCAGGAGCUGAUUUUGAACAAGGAUCCUACGCUUCUUGACAACUUUCUGGAUGAAAUCAUUGCAUUUCAGUCAGAUAAAUCCAUCGAUGUUCGCAAAUUUGUCAUUGGAUUCAUGGAGGAGGCAUGCAAGCGGGAUAAUGAGCUGCUGCCAAAGCUAAUUGCAAACCUCAACAUGUUGCUAAAGGAUGAGAAUGUUAAUGUGGUGAAGAAGGUUAUAUUGACUAUGACACAGUUAUACAAGGUGGCACUCCAGUGGAUGGUAAAGUCCAAGGUUAUCAGUGAGGUCAAGGAGGCAUGCUGGGAUAUGGUUAGUAAUAUGCAGGAUGAUAUUGUCUUGAUGCUGGACUCUGACAACGAUGGCAUCCGGACUCAUGCCAUCAAGUUCAUCGAAAGUUUGAUUAUCACGCUGUCGCCUCGCACUCUGGAUUCAGAUGUCCCCAAGCGGCAGGAGAACGAUAUCAGCUUGGACCGCAUAGUGAAGGAUCACUCUUACAUCAAUGCUGGCAGUCUUCAGCAAGAAGGUAAAAUGGCACUGGAUCAACUCCUGAAGUUCAUGGUGCAUCCCGCAAUUUCUAGCAUCAACCUGACUGUUGCGUUGGGCUCUUUGGCAACCAUCGCUAGACAGCGGCCCAUGUACAUGUCUGAGGUCAUCCAGGCAUACGAGACCCUUCACGCGAACCUGCCUCCAACCCUGGCCAAAUCGCAGGUCAGCAGCGUGCGGAAGAACUUGAAACUGCACUUGCUGAGCGUGUUGAAGCACCCGUCCUCGGUGGAGUUCCAUGCCCAGAUCACCACGCUGCUUCUGGACCUUGGCACGCAGCAGCAGGAGAUUGCUCGCAACAUGCCGAACCUGAAGGACAUGAGGAAACGACGUGGAGAGGACACUGAACAGGGCAUGAAGAAAAUCAAAAUUGAGCCAUUAGGUGAGGAUGAUGAAGACAAGGAUCUCGAGCAAGUAGCAGCCUCCACUUCUAAACCGUCUUCAUCCCAGAGUACACAGUCUGCCAUUGAUGUCACCGCUCAGUUCCUGAUGCCGCUGCUUUCACCAGAGAACGUAGCGAAUCUGGUUUUGAUCAGCAUGGUGUACCUUCCAGAUGUGAUGCCAGCCUCCUUCCAGGCCACCUAUACACCAGUGGAAUCAGCAGGAACAGACGCCCAGAUUAAACACUUAGCUCGGCUCAUGGCCACACAGAUGACAUCAGCAGGCCUCGGGCCAGGAGUUGACCAGAUGAAGCUCCAAUCAGACGAUGACCCGAAACAGGGGAAAGAUGUGAAAAAUGAGGGGCUGGUUAUCAAACGGCGUUACUCCACGUUGCGGCACGGUCAAGCUAUCUCUGUUGUCGGAGCGCCUUUUACACAGCCCACCAAAGAAGAGGAGAUGCAAGCGAAACGCCGAGUGGAACCCAUUUUGCAAUCAAGCCAGGCAAGGCCGGGGCAGAGUGGACGGAAGAAGGUUUUCCGCCUGGGAGACGUCGUCCAGCAGCUGCCAGCAGAUAAGAUUGACAAGCUGAAGCUCGGAGCUGUGCAACGCAUUCUCAAAGCAGAAAAAGCAGUUGCGCGAGGUGGAGCUGGGGCGAUUCGUGUGAAGAUUCUUGCCCGUCUCGUGACGCAGUUUGAUGGGAAGUUGAAAGGCAAGAUGAUGGAUUUUAUCCUGGAGGACAUCCGGAACCGUGUCGACCUUGCUUUUGCUUGGCUUUACCAAGAGUACAACCUGUACCUUGAAAAGUGGCCCAAUGGCAAUCUGGAGAAUUACGAUGAAUGUUUGACCAGCUUACUAUCAGGGCUGCAGGAGAAACCAGACCAAAAGGAUGGGCUUUUUACCAAGCUGGUCCUAGAAGCUCCUUGUAUAACUGAUAGUGCAUUAGAGGUGAUUCGCCGGUACUGUGAGGAUAAGACUCGCAUCUACCUUGGAAUGUCGACACUAAGGGAUCUGAUCUUCAAGAGGCCUUCAAAGCAGCUGCAGUACCUCCAUGUGCUGCUUGACUUGAGCUCUCAUGAGAAGGAUAAGGUCCGCUCCCAGGCGCUGAUGUUUAUCAAAAGAAUGUAUGACAAGGAGCAACUACGUGACUACAUCGAGAAGUUUGCCCUGAAUUACUUGCAGCUGCUGGUUCAUCCUAACCCCCCGUCCAUCCUCUUCGGGGCUGACAAGGACACCGAGGUGGCAGCCCCUUGGACGGAGGAGAUGGUGAAACAGUGUCUUUACCUGUACCUUGCUCUGCUUCCCCAGAACCACAAACUUAUUCAUGAAUUAGCUGCUGUCUACACGGAGGCCAUUGCUGAUAUUAAGCGCACAGUGUUGCGUGUCAUCGAGCAGCCGAUCCGAGGGAUGGGAAUGAACUCGCCUGAGCUGCUUCUGUUAGUGGAGAACUGUCCAAAAGGAGCAGAAACCCUUGUGACUCGUUGCCUACACAUCUUGACAGACAAAGUUCCUCCAUCACCUGAGCUCGUAAAACGAGUUCGCGAUCUCUACCACAAGAGGGUCCCAGAUGUCCGCUUCCUGAUCCCAGUGCUUAAUGGCCUCGAGAAGAAAGAAGUAACCCAGGCACUGCCCAAAUUGAUUAAACUCAAUCCUAUUGUGGUGAAGGAGGUUUUUAACCGGCUCCUGGGGACCACACACGUAGGUGAAGGUGUGUCAGCGGCAAUUUCACCUCUGACUCCAGGUGACCUGCUAAUAGCCCUGCACAACAUUGACUCCACCAAAUGUGACAUGAAGUCCAUAAUUAAAGCGACGAACCUGUGCUUCGCAGAGAGGAAUGUGUACACAUCGGAGGUUCUUGCUGUUGUGAUGCAACAGCUGAUGGAACAGAGCCCACUCCCCAUGUUACUGAUGCGGACAGUCAUUCAGUCGCUGACAAUGUAUCCCCGUCUUGGGGGUUUUGUCAUGAAUAUCCUAUCUCGGCUGAUAAUGAAACAGGUUUGGAAAUACCCCAAAGUCUGGGAAGGCUUCAUUAAGUGCUGCCAGCGAACAAAACCUCAGUCCUUCCAAGUGCUACUGCAACUUCCACCUGCUCAACUCGCCAAUGUUUUCGAGAAGUGCCCGGAGCUUCGUGAGCCACUCUUGACACACGUCCGUUCUUUCACACCGCACCAGCAAAAUCAUAUUCCAAAGUCAAUAAUGACUGUGCUGGAGGCCAACUUGAAGCCAGAUGUGGAGGUCGUGGAGCCAAAGCCAGCGGGUGAGGAGGAAGUGCAACAUCUGACGAUUGCACAUGCCCAAAAGGAUCUGAUCACCAUGCGACUGGCACAGGAGAAAGCUUUGAAGAGAAAAUUGGAGGAAGAGCAGAAACUCAAGCAGCAGCAACUGGCUGCCCAGUUACACCCACUGCAGACCACCCUGGCCCCUCCGAGCCUGACUGCCCUGACCCCUGCCCCUGUAAUUCAGACUGCUCCUGCUCCUCCUCAGAAUCAGAUUACCCCUGCCCCCUCUCCCUCAAUCCAGUCUGUCCCGGCCCCUCCAAACCUGAUAGUCCCGGUUCCCCCAGCCCAGACUACCGCUGCACCUCCGAGCCUGAUUACCCCGGCCCCUCCCAGUUUGAUCGCCCCAACCCCCGCAGUCAAAACCAUCCCAGCUCCUCCUAGCCUGAUCGUCCCAGGCCCUUCUAGCCAGGCAGCCUCCAAGUCCCCCACCCAGGCUGGAUUGGCAGCACCCAGUCAGGCAGUCCCGAGCCAAGUGACUGCAGCCGUAAUGUUGGCACCAAAGGACGAGCCAAUGGAAACCAACAGCAGUGUUUCUGACACAACUGUUAACAGAGAGACUGAGAAUCCGACAAUCAUCAUCGAUGUGAAGGAAGAGGAGGAGGGGCCAAUGCCUUUGGAUGAGACGUCCCAUGGGAUGGUUGUCAUGGAUACUGACUCGGCCCCAAGGGAGCACAAUGGUCAGCAGCCGGUCCUCCACCAAGUGGGACAUCUGGUAGCACGGGACCACGGGGACGUCACGGAGCAGGUGAUCCUCGUCCGGGAUGAGCCAAUGCUGGCAGAGAAGCCGGCGCCCACCAGCGAGCCUGCUAACCCACCAGAGGAACCGAUGGAGCAAGGAACGGAGGGCGGUGCGUCUGAGGAAAAAGUUGAUGAAAACCCAGAGAAGGAGCAGGCCGUAGUCAAUGACACACAGCAACCCAUCACCAAACGCAAAUCUGCUUCGAGGAAAAGCAGCUAAAGAAAUGCGACCAGAGAUUUCAGCCGUUAGUGUUUGUAAAGUUGCCUUGUCCUGGCUGUCUCAUGGAUAGCAUUCAAGUCCUGGCUGAAAGGGAUAAACAGAAACCGUACACUUCAAGGGAAAGUGCAGUCUUACCUGCUGUUUCCUUUUCUCCUUGGCUUCAAUUAAUGCAAGGAUCCAAUUUAAGUUCUCUUUUUUUUUGAAACCUAGGAAGGUCCGACUGACUGUACUGAAGUCAGUCUUUUUAGGGUGUUCGUUGAGGGAGAAUUAUCUUCUGGUCCUGUUCUUGUACGGAUGGUGACCAGAGAUUGUUCACAUCAGCCAGAUGUGUCAACAGUGCAGCCCUUGUCCCCCCCACACACAGACCCCCCCCUCCUGCCUUUUUACUGCUCCUGGGGUAUCACUUCCAGUUAUGGGCUUCAGUCCUUCAGAAAGAACUUUGAACUGCAACCCUUUGACUGCUAACUUCUGUUCCUGGGGACUGUUAUCAAUUUCAUGUUGGAUAACCCUUUGGGCUGAUUCUUGGUGAAUGUCCACUGGAUGUAGAAUGUGAGGCCAUGUCUGAUCCUUGCCGAACUUGAAGUCGGGACUGUGUCUGGAUUGAGCAUGCAUAGCAGCUUCUCCUGCUUUCCUGCUGUUGUACUGCAGCGUCGCUUUGUCCUCUCUGUUCAGCUACUCUCUGGAUCUCAAGAUAUUUGUUGUGCACUCAUAACCAGUUUAGUUCAGACUUGUUUUAGUGUGACCCUAAAAGGCCCAAGAAUGGCCUAGGCUCUUUCCUUUAAAACUGUUGUGAAAAUAUUGUCUGUUUUAUAUUUAAAAAUAAAAAGCUAGAGUAAAUGUGGCUGGCUUGAGUUUAACUUUAUGUUCAAGCUGGGUCUAGCGUGUAGGCUGAUUUUACACCUGAAACUUCAAGAAUGUGAAACAAAUAAAAGAUUGGAGUUGGUUAGAAUUUUAAAA